ACGACCGAUGAACGCGCCUCCUCCUUGCAAUAUAUCCAGGACCAACUCAAGCAAUCAUCCCAUCCAUCCGUGAUCAUUUUCCACAUUCUCUUCAAAGCACUCGCGCUAUUUCUGUACAUCUUUGGCGGUUGGUUCGUUCCUUCCAACAGCCGAGGGGCGGCGGAUUCCGGCGCCCACAUGAUUGCCCUGACGGUCGCUUGCAUUUUGCUACUCGCCGCCGACUUUUGGGUCGUCAAGAACGUCACGGGACGUCUGCUUGUUGGUUUGCGUUGGUGGAAUCGCGUCGAUAAUGAUACCACGACGUGGAUAUUCGAAUCCGCCGAAGACCAAACUGUUAACGUUUUUGAUCGACGUGUAUUUUGGACCGUUCUGUAUGCGACACCACUCAUCUGGGCAGUCUUGCUCGGUUUUGCUCUGUUAAAACUUCGUCUGUCUUGGUUACUAAUUGUCGUUAUGGCUCUGGCGUUGGGGGGAGCCAACGUUUAUGGAUACUAUAAGUGCAGUUCCGACCAAAAGGUUAGGUUC